AUGCGAGCUGGGGACCCGAUCGCAAGCUCAAUUUCAGCCAUGCAGACCGUGCUUCGCAACAUCAAUCCAUCAUACGAAUGGGUACCUCCAUUAGCAACAAUUGGGAAUGACUUUGCGUCCCCAGGAGGGGUAUCCGUACAGCAAGGCCUCACUCCCGACCGCAGCCAUCAAUCACAGCUCAACAACCCUGCAAUUCCUCAGAACCCUUCACUAGAAAUGCGGUCUAGCAUACCGACAUCUCUCUGGAACUUUCCACAGGCGGAAAACCUGGAAAACCCAGAAACUGGAGGCUCUGCGGGCUCCGGUGAUGACUUGCUUGAUUUCACUCAGUCUGACAUGGGCUGGAAUUUCGAUUUCUCUACCAUGGACCUGGACGCGUUCUUUUCGGUUUAUCAGUCGAAUGAUGCUUCGGUUUCUUGA